AUGGACCUGGGUGGCAACAUGAUGCUGCAGCAGGGCAGCCACGUGCUGCCCAUGUUCCGGGGCUCCGUGGGGAAGCUGCAGCGGCAGCUGGGCAAGGGUGAGUUCGCCAUGUUCAAGGACAUUCUCAUGUUUGAGAGUGACUUCAUCCAGAUCAACAAAAGAGGAGAAGUGAUCGGCAUGCACAACAAUGCGGGGAUGGUCACCGUGGGCAUCGCAUACACCAGCCCUGACCUCACAAUACCUGAUGUCAUGCUGCUGGCACGACCGGCUGUGAGCUGUGUGGACUGCACGGGACAUGACCGACGCACCCAUGGCAAGAGCCUCAAGUCAGCGAAGAUCUUGGAGCUGACCAGGCUGCUUCCUUUGAGGCUUGUCAAGCUGUCCAUCCACAGCCAUGAGAACAAACAGCUCCACUUGAAGCUGGCCAGUGGCAGCUCUUUUUACCUACAAUUAAACUCCUCUUCAAAAGCAAAAGAAGAUCUGUUUGCACACUGGGAAGACCUGGUGUUCUUCCUGAGACCGCCCGUGGAGGCUUACAGUGGUACCCAGGCCGUACCAGCUUGUGACAUGAUGGACAUACUUAUGUUCCAUGCAGAGGACAGAAAGAGCCCAGCCGCCGUGGAUUUCCAUGGAGAAGGUGCCCAAGACCAAGUCAGCAUCAGAAGCCUUCACGUGGUCACUGAGGUGUCUGGGGCCACCUCUCUUGCUUAUGCUGGUGGGGAAGGAGUCCAACAAUAUGCUUCAUGGGACAACUUGGUGCUUAAGGACACACUGUCUUUUCUAACCCUGGCACCGGCAGGGCCUGACCCGGCAGCAGUACCAGAGACAGCGGCAGUAAAACCCGAGGGCGGUGUGAGUUCGGUCGCAGGAGGGGAGAUGACCAGUAGACCUGCUACAGAGACCUCGGAAGGUCCAGGAGCUGGGCCCUUUGUCUCAGCCUGCCAGAGCAAAGACAACGAAGACCAGAGUGAAGAGAAUGGAGACCAGAGAGUCUCCCAAUGCCAAGCUGAAGCCCUUAGGAAGGAAAAGGAGAAAAUUCCCACCAAAAAGCCCUCCCAUUCUGGUAGGAAGUGGAAGGACAAAUCAAUUCCAAGAUCCCAUGGAACUACUCAGGGAGAUCAAAAGAAGAAAAACCAAAGCAGCCCAAGGGGCAAAGGGCAUGGAUCUUCCCUCCAGGAACACAGCAACCUCAGUGUCAGCCAGAAGAGGUCUAGAUCAGCUCAAAAGUCAAAAAGGAGCUGA